AUGAAUGUUCGGGAGUCUAGCCAUUUUCAAACCACCGGUCGGGGUGAAUUUCUGCUCAGACUAAACCAAACUCGUCAGGUCGAGCUAUUUGUGGACCCAGACCGUGGUUAUUCUGGUUCAGAGCUUAUGUCGACAACACAAAUUCCGAUGGCAUGCCUGGAUUGUAAACAAUCAGACGGUGGUCGGAAGCUGAAACAG